AUGUGGCAAGCUUUAGUCUUUCUAUUGGCAGUCGAAGUUGUCUACAGCAACGAAGAAAGUUUUGCCAAACCUACGCGGGUUGUUAUGACCGACUCAGGAGCCGUCUCAGGUAAAGUUAUUACUGUAGGCAACAGAUCACUCGAUGCUUUCUUGGGCAUACCGUACGCAAGAUCUCCCAUCGGGGAACUUCGCUUCAGAAAGCCCGAAGGCGUUGUACCGUGGAAUGGAACGUACCAAGAAGCGGCAAGAACACCACCCUGCUGGCAGAGAGUGCUGCGUUUUGUCGCGGACGUUCCGCUGAACUACACUACCAGUGCUUCAGAGGAUUGUCUUUACCUUAACAUAUGGAAGCGCUCCUCUACAUGUGCCACUUCGGGAACGUGCAACGAAAAAAGGCCAGUCGUCGUCUUUAUUCACGGAGGAGCUUUCCAGUGGGGCGAUUCUUCUCUCUUCGUGCAUGACCCGGCCAAUUUCGUUGCGCUGUCCGAUGUAGUGUUUGUGACUAUCGAUUACAGAGUGAGCAUUUUUGGUUUUUUCUCUCUCGGAAGGCCCGAACUUCCCGGAAAUUUCGGUUUUUGGGACCAGUACCUCGCUUUGGACUGGGUGCGAAAAAACAUCGCCAGCUUCGGCGGCGAUACAGACGAAGUGACCUUGAUAGGUCAAAGUGCUGGUGCCAUAUCUGCGGUCUUGCAGGCACGCUCUCCGAAACGUCAGGGUCUGUUCAAGAGAGCCGUUCUGAUGAGCAGUACACCACAGUCCUUGAUUAUCGGUAUUACGCAUAGGGGCGUGGGAAAGUUCAUCCACGUUGCGGGUGCCUUAGGCUGCUAUAAUCAGAGCAAAAGCGUCGACGAGCAGCUCAACAGUGUCAUGUCGUGCCUACGCAAACUUGAUCCUUCGUUUAUCAUACGUACCAUAGAGACAUUGGAUCACACUUACCAGGUAUUCGUACCCGAGUAUGGCAAGGAAUUUUUUUCGGAACACCCACUGGCAGCGAAAACCUGGGCGAAGCUUCCUUUCAAUCAAGUUAUUCUGGGAACCACGACCGACGAAGGCACGCUUGUGUUGGACAAUAUCCAGUACUCCUCUCCAGCAUUGAAACAGAUACUGGCCACCGACUACAGGCUGGGAAUGACCGUGGCUCUGCAACCCCUUUUCGGAAUUUCCAUAUCUCGCGCUCGACCUAUUGUCGAUGCAUACUUCGGAGGACCCGACGUUUAGCACACAAGUGAAAGCGUAGUAAAGAUUGCUAGCGGGCUCAUCGGUGACGGUGUGUUUUACUGUCCUGUGAAACUGAUGGCAGAUGUCGCAGCUCGGCAGGGGAUCGACACCUACCGGUACUUGUUCGCGCACAGAUCGUCGUAUAGUUUCUGGCCUGAGUGGAUGGGUGUCACCCACGGUGAUGACAACUUAUACGUGCUAGGUUCCCUUCCUUUCUCGAAGGACAAGAGUCGCUACACCAAGGCCCUUGGUGACACAGGAGUCAAGAAGCUUCAACAACUCGACUAUACCUCUAAGGAAGAAAACUUCAUGCAGGAAAUAGUAGCCAUCAUCAGCUCCUUUGUUAGCACUGGAAAGCCUCAGCUCCUCGCCUAGGGAAAAGAAUGGCAGAAGUACAAUCCAGCUGAUCCUGUUGUGCUCCAACUUCGUCCUGGAAACAUUACCGAAGUGAAAGAGAAGAAAGAUAACUGCGAACUAUGGCGACCACAUAUUCUGAUCGAAUA